CCCAAUCAUCGAACUCUCACCCCUUCUUUCCCGAUCGAAGCAGUCAAUAAAAGUGUGCUCGGAUUUAACCUCAUAAUGGCGGACAAGCUUCGUACCCAACAGGAACUCGAGCGGCUCCAGGCCAAGUACAUUGGCACCGGUCACCCAGACACGACGAGCUGGGAGUGGAAAACCAACAUCCACCGCGACACGUACUCCAGCAUUGUCGGACACCCACCUCUCUUAUCGUACAUAGCGCUAGCUGAAAAUGAGCCUGCGGCCAAGGUCCGCGCAAGACUUAUUCGCAAAAUGCUGCAACCGAUGGGACCGCCUCCGCCUAGGGAGGGUGAGGAGCCUAUGCUUGUUGACCGAAAGGCCGAUGCUUAAAAGCGCAUGCUUGAAUGGGAAGUGAAACGGAGAAAGAAUUCAUAAUGCCCGCCACUGCAUACUGUUCCGUGGCUAUAUCCCUGGUACGGCGAUGCGAAAAGGAGAUAUGCCAAGAUUCACCUUGGGCACAGGACGGACAGCAACAACAACAACAAC